UGAAGGAAAUGUUAUUGUUUUCUUAUUUGCCGCCGUUUUGUGACAUUCGCCACAGACUUUUUGCUAAUGUUAACAGCCGCCUUUAAACAACGGCCUUUAGGACCUUGCAGACUUCUAACCGACCAGGGAGGACCAGGCGGAGAUAGGUAAACUUAACCUCAGAGGACUGAUCAGAGGUCAGUUUGGAUAUUUACUUAAUGAAGGCAAAGGUUGCGUAAACCGCUACGGAAGCUGACCCCUGUUCAGUUCGCCUUUAAAAUACUAAGCUGCGCAUAUUUCUUAAGACGUGGUGGGAUAAACAGAGACGGGGAAGGUUUGGCUGGGCGGAUAAAUAAUUGACAUGUACAUGUUUCUGUUAUGAACCUGAAGUUUAAAGCUAAAUCCAGAGCCCCUUCAGGCACUUUUAACUCCGUUGUCAAAAUGGCUACUGCACGUUGUUUGGGUUAGCCGCGUCCCGCCGCUCUGAUGCAGGUCUGGACCAGACAUCCUUCAUUAAUCCGCCGUGUCAACAUCAUCAUUCAUCUGCUUUGGCUGGAGGUCAUGGUUUAAACCGGUCUGGAGCGAACAUGCAAGCCAACACCACGCGCGGCUUUUUGUGGUCGGACGUGGAGACGCGGACCUUGUUGAACAUCUGGGGGGAGCAGGACAUCCAGGCGGCGCUGGAUGGAAACUUCCGAAACAGCUUCGUAUACCGAGACGUCUCCCGCAGGCUGGGGGCGAUGGGGUUCGACAGGACGCCGGAGCAGUGCCGAGUCCGGAUCAAAAGCCUCAAAAGGCAGUACCUGUUGGCCAAAGAGGGAAAUCUUCCGAACAACGGACAGUAUCACAAGAUCUGCAAGUUUUAUGACACGAUGGAGAGGAUUUUGAGCACCCGACCCACUCUUGAGCUGAUGGAGAGCGGGAUGGGAGUGGAGGAGGCCGGAGACGGCCUGGAGGAGGAUGGAGAGGAUGCUCAGGAUGCAGAGAGCACGGGAGAGUGGCCCUAUCCUCACCACGAGACUGACGUCAAGCAGGAAUGCCCCACUAUUCCCAUUCCCAUCCCAGUUAAAGGCACAGUCGGGAACAACAGCACCACAGCAAGACCGCAUAACAGCAGCCAUUCAGUGAGCAGUUUACCAGCGAGGACACCAAAACGACCCAGGAAGCGACGCUCCAACUUCCCCGUGGAGAAACUUAUGGAGCAGUUCCUGGAGCAGAGCGCCCAAGCUGAGGACAACUUCUAUCGGGUGGAGGAGCAGCGCCUGCAAUCCGAGGACCGCCGCCGGGACGCAGAGCACACCAGGGAGCUGCACAUGCUCCAGAUGCUCGCCCAGAUGUUCUCUAGCAUCUCCUCAGCCAGACCCAGCUCCGCAGCCAAGAUGGCCACCCCUCUGGCCCGAGCUCCAGUCAUUUCCAGCACCUCGCCGACACACGCGCGAGGGCAUCCCAGAUGUUCUUCGCCUCAGAAAGACAGUUUCAGCCCAAAGAGCCAACCUCUGAGCACAGACGUAUUAGAACUUCAGCGCUACUACAGUCUGAGCUUGUCAUCGCACAGAGCCAUGGAUGAUGACAUCAUCUCAAUAGUAAAGAGGAUCAUUCCUCCACUGACAUCCAAAAAGCACAAAGGACAAGAUGGACGGAUCGGGAUCAUUGGAGGAUGCCAAGACUACACUGGAGCGCCGUACUUUGCUGCUAUUUCUGCACUGAAAGUGGGUGCCGACUUGUCUCAUGUUUUCUGCACUAAAGAUGCUGCAGCUGUAAUUAAAUCGUACAGCCCCGAGCUCAUCGUGCAUCCCGUUCUGGACAGUCCGAAUGCAGUAGAGGAAAUAGAAAAGUGGCUCCCGAGACUUCACAGCCUAGUUGUUGGACCUGGUCUAGGCAGGGAAGACUUUUUACUGAAAACAGCUAAGGAAGUAAUCGAGAGGUCUAAAGCAAGAGAAAUUCCUAUAGUUAUUGAUGCAGAUGGAUUGUGGCUCAUCACACAACAGCCUUCUGUUAUUCAGGGUUACCAGAAGGGAAUCCUCACACCCAACUUCAUGGAGUUCACUCGGCUCUUUGAGGCACUGCACCACAAGCCCGUGAACAGCAGAGAUCAGCCACACAGUGUCAUGCAGCUAAGUGGGACUUUGGGUAAUCUCACCAUGGUGCUAAAGGGGGAACAGGAUCUCAUUACAGAUGGAAGCAAGGUUUACUCAUGCAGUGUUGAGGGCAGUGGGAGGAGAUGUGGUGGACAGGGAGAUCUCCUGUCUGGCUCCUUGGGUGUGCUGGCUCACUGGGCGUAUUCUGCUUCUGCAGCAGGAGUCAUCAGAAGUGUGAAUCCCUCUGUGGUAGCAGCCUUUGGUGCCUGCUCUCUAACCCGACAGUGCAACAGUCAAGCGUUUCAGCAGCACGGCAGGGCCACCACCACCUCAGAUAUGAUCCAGGAGAUUGGGCCGGCCUUCAGGAAGCUGUUUGAAAGUUAAAACAAUCGAACUUCCUCUGUAAAGCUAUAAAAAAUUAAAUAUGUGUUUGUGUUGUGCUGAAUUUAAAUAAAGGUCAUGAUAUGGACAACC